AUGUCUUUGGAACCGCAGCAGCAGCUGCAGCCCGUUAUGGUUUACCCCAACACCGAGGCAGGGCAGCCAUCUUCGCGCCAUUCAGAUGGAUCAUUUGGGAUAGUUUUUAUUGUCCUGGCCGUAGUCAUUGCUGUAUCGGCCAUUGCUUGCUUUCUUGGCAGGCUCUGCAACCGGCGCUACCAAACUGAUCAAAAGCCUAAGCGAAACCAACAACACUCUCGGCCCAAGGAAGCUGUGGACAUUGAGUACGGGUUUGAUAAAAGAAUCCCAGCUUCAAAAACAGCUGGAAAUGGUGGAACCAGAGGACAGAAGCCAACCCAAAAUGGUCGUGACCACAUGAGAGGCGAAAUGAAGCCUACUGCUCUUGGAAGAGAGCCCAGAGCCGGUGCAAGAUAA